AUGAUGAGCGAUAUAGAUGACCUGGACCAGACCAACCAUGAUGACGGCACAUACGAUGAGAAAAACAUCGACGCGUAUGAUAAGUACGACCAAGACAACGAUGACCAAGUGCUUAGACAACACAAAGUGGGGAAGCUCAUUUCUGAGAAGUACCUGUCCGAUUUUAUAAACGAAGACAUUUUCUUCAUCGGGGAGAUUGUUGGCAGGCAGGACAACAUGAUUAGCCUAAAGUCGGUCAACGGCAACUACGUCGACUGCGUCAUCAGAGACAAACUCUUCAACGAAGACGCCAAGUACGUAGGGAUUAAAGGCACCGUGUCGGACGACUUAAAAAUUGUUGAGACGAGGGGCAUCAUCCGUUUGGACGAAGUCAAUUUUGAAGUGGUCAAUGAGUAUGUAAAUAUUUUCAUGGAGAAUGCCAACUCGGAAGUUUUUUUAUCGUCCUAUUGA